AUGUUGCCCACAAACACCGUCACACUCGCCGUCUACUUAGGAGUGCUGCCGACCAUCUGGUACCUGUGGAAGAAGGCCUAUUCGCUUUACACCUCUCCGCUGCUCCACCUCCCCGGACCUCACUCUCCCAACAAGUUCUAUGGACACGUCCGACAGAUGUGCAGCCCAACGAGCGGGCCCAUUACCCUCCAGUGGCUGGAGGAUUACGGGCCCACUAUCUGCACAAGCUGGCUGUUCCAGCUACCCUCGUUGUGGACUGCUGAUCCGACGGCGCUCACUCGAAUACUUACCUCGUCGAAAUAUAUCAAACCUUGGGAAGCUAGAAUGUCUGCGGCCCAGGUAAUCGGGAACAGCGUGCUCAUCAUGGAAGGCGAAGCCCAUAGAAACCAGAGACGUAUCCUGAACCCUGCAUUCAGUCCGGGACAGAUCAGGGAGCUAACGGCAUGCAUGGUCCACAAGGCACUGCAGCUGCGCAAAUACUGGGAAGCCCAGCUGAACGGGAUGGACGACUGGGUCACACUGAAUGCCGCCGAUGGCCUCAAGAAGGUGACACUAGACAUAAUAGGUCUCGCAGGGUUUGGAUACGACCUAGAGGCGCUGAGCCUGGACGGAAAGCCGAACGAGCUAUGUGAGGCGUUCGGCCACAUCUUCGGGACAGCCCCACCGGUGUCGAUCCUCCGCCUUUUCAUGGCUUUUGUACCCCAGCUAGAUUUCUUCCCAGACGAGCGCACAAUCAAGAUCAACGAAGCAAUGGAAACGAUGCGUCGUAUAGGGCUGCAGCUUAUCCGCGAGAAGCGCGAGGCCAUCCUCGCGGAGUCCUCCGGGAAGGGUAGUGGUAGCGUAGGGAAGCACGACGUCGAGGGCCGCGACCUGCUCUCGCUACUCAUCAAAGCCAACAUGGCGAGCGACCUUCCCGACGAGCAACGGCUCUCAGAGGAGGAAGUCCUAUCCCAGAUCCCAACCUUCCUCAUCGCCGGACACGAGACGACGUCGAGCUCCGUCUCGUGGUGCCUCUUUGCGCUGACGCAGGCCCCCGCCGCGCUCGCUACCCUCCGCGCCGAGCUCCUCGCAGUCCCCACGGACGCCCCAACGAUGGACGAGCUCGCGGCGCUCCCGUAUCUCGACCAGGUAGUGCGCGAGACGAUGCGCCUGCACACGCCCAUGACGUUCACGCUCCGCGUCCCGACCGAGGACGACGUGAUCCCCGUCGGCACGCCGUACACGGACCGCCGUGGUGUCGUGCGGCACGAGAUCCAUAUCAUGAAGGGAAACCGCAUCGUCAUCCCCGUGCUCGCGCUGCACCGGUCCAAGGCCGUCUGGGGCGACGACGCGCUCGAGUUCCGGCCCGAGCGCUGGCAAAACCCCCCGGAGGGCCUCGCCGCGAGCAUCCCCGGGGUGUGGAGCAACCAGCUCGCCUUCCUCGGCGGCCCGCGCGCGUGCAUCGGGUACCGCUUCGCGCUCACCGAGAUGAAGGCGAUCCUGUUCACGAUCGUGCGCGGGUUCGAGUUCGAGCUCGCGGUGCCCGCGGAGGAGAUCGUGCCGGUCGGGCUCAUGACGCGGCGCACGGCCGUGAAGAGCGAGGCGAAGAAGGGCGCGCAGCUGCCGCUGAGGAUGCGGCCGUACCGGCGCACGUAG